AUGCAACGACAACUCGGUACGCUGGACGCACACAUCGAACGACGACAACAUGCACAAGGAGAUCCCGCACGGAUCCGCCAGAUCAACCAAGAACUAGAAGAACAGGUCGAAUCAGAAACGACCAAGAACACCCCCAACGACUCGGAAACACCUCGCGAUGUUGCCCGCCAACAUGCCCAACUAGAAGUCGCCUUUGAAGUCGCUUCAGUCAACGACACCAGCUCUGGAGAGGACUCUGACGAAGAAAUACAAAAAGCAGCCGAAGACUGCUACGAACUCAGCACCGUUGAAGGAGAACAAGUCCAGUACGGCGGAGGACGCAUUGCUAUGGAGACAGCGCAACUCCCUUUACAGAUCCAUAGCCGGAAUAAGCGACUAAACUUCGAUAUUACGGAGAUAGGAGACAAGUACGAUGUCAUCCUUGGAAGACCAUGGUUAUACGACAUCACUAAGAAGCAACCACGGAACGGUGCCUCAAACGAACCUCUCAAGACUCCUAAAGCGAAGAGAUUUCUAGCAUACCUACGGAUAAAGGAUGCAAACGCCAGGACGUUAUCAGCAACAGACAUCGGCAAGGAAGACCGACUUCUAUCUAUCCCAGAAGAAUACCGGCAAUACCAGAAGCUAUUCGCCGAAGAACUCGAGACCGGACUCCCGGAACACAGCAACUACGACCACGAGAUACCCCUUAAGGAAGGGAAGGAGCCAAAGCUAGGGUUACUUAGG